AAUUUCACCAUUCUCACAUCACGUACAAGUAUAAUAAUGGAGACCCUCUCUUUUUCUUGGAAACUCUGAAUUUCAAGAGUGGUAGUUCUCACUCGACUGCGGCAGUUUUCUACUGCGCCGGCUCAGAUAGAAGCAUUACGCAGCGUUCUCUCGGGUUUGGUUUUCCACUGCACUGCAGUGCUAAGGUUAGCUGUUUGCUAUGGAGAACGGUGAUAACAUUCUGGAUGUCAUAUACGAGGAGGGUGAUUUAGAUUAUAUGGAUGGCGAUGUUGACAUGGCUGAUGUUGAAGAGGGGGAGUUGGUGGAGCCAGAUUCCAAAAAUGUUUUGGGACAAAGCAGUGCCGGAGAUGUCAAUGAAGCAAAUCAAGAACCUCUCAUUAAGAACCGCAGGCGCAGAGCGAACAAGAAAAAGAACAAGAAGAGGAAGGGUUCAGGAUCUAAUGCCACGGACAUAGACAGAUUUGUGUUAGAUACAUGUCGGCGACUGAAAGAGAAAAAGUCAUACAUGGUAUAUACUGCUGUGGGCUGCCUUGGGAUCUCUGCAUUAAGUGAUCUUGUCAGUGAGGUGGAUGCAAUACAGGCUUGUGGAGGCCAGAAAACAGCUGAUGGUAGACGAUUCCGGACAGGGGGUGGCAUAUUGUGGAGCAUCUUAAAAGUUAGGGAACCUAAGGUCUUUAAAGAGAUAAUGAAAAAAACAAAGGAGUUUGAGAAACAAUUCAAGCAGCCUAAUGUGACGCAACGACCUGUGCCAAAGAAAGACGAUUCUUCUCAAGGAGUGCCCGUGUCAUUCUCUGGCAGAGAUCAUGGCAAUGUUUUGAACAGUGAUUUUCAUGUUUCCCAGCUGCAAAAUAAACACGAACCAGCACCUUCUGAAGAAAAACCUAUAUCUGUGCAUGAUAGGUUAAGGAUACCAGUAUCAUAUGAUGAUGAUCUGCUGGGAGAGAAUCCAGUCAAUGAUGCAACCUGAAUCUGGAAGUAGAGUGGCCUUUCAUCACUUGACAAGUUUUUCUUCCCUGUCAGAUGGAAUUCUACGGAUACAUCCCUCACUUUCCUUCUGACCCCUUUUGCUCUCCCCGCGGCUCUCUUUUUUUUUUUUUGCUUGUGCAACGAUUUGUGUUAAGGAAAAUUGAUGUUUAUGGUAAAAUCAGGGCUUUAUUCA